AUUAUCAGAUCCUCGAUUUACCACCUGAAACGCGUCUAUUCUGCGUGUUUCCGCCGCCCGUUUGGAUCCAAAGCCGCGGCGAAUCUACUGGAAACCAGCGUGGACUGGAGCAGCCAGCCGCCGGCUCGACUCCGGGGGAGACCGUUUCUAGUCGGCUCAGAUAGCCCCGGCGUGCCGGAGUUCCUACAGCCGCCGAGGGAGGGGUUCCCGCCCGUGUAUGUCCCCGCGGAGAACGGGGAGUUCUCGCCAGAGGAAUGGGCGGUCGCGGUCCGGGAGGCGACACGGGACGAGGUAGGCGUCGGUGCCGUGCUAAUUCGCGGCAUGCCGCUGCGUACAGCCAAGGAUUUUUCCAGGUGUGUGAACAGUCUGGCCCUGAAGCCGAUGUCGUAUGAAGGGGGAGCCGCUAAGAGAGAAAACGUCGAGAGUAACGUCGACACUGCAAGUUAUGAACACCCCCUCAUGUCCAUAGAACCGCACAACGAGAUGUCCUACGCACGCUACUACCCGGAAAAGAUCAUCUUCUACUGCCAGCAGCCCGCGGAUCCGGGGCAGGGCGGGGAGACUGUGAUGGUGGACGUCCGCGAAAUCUUACGCAACCUGGACUCGGCUGUCGUCGACAAGUUUCGGAAACUCGGAAUCCGGUACCACAGAUACAUGCCGGAACGGGGAGAUUUCUUUCACGGGUACAACUCCUGGAAAGAGACCUUCCGCACGGAGAGCAGGGAUGACGUAGAGAAGUACAUGACGUCACAAGAGAUGACGUGGCAGUGGGGAGAGGACGGGUCCAUCUCCUGGUGGUACAACCUUCCCGCCAUGAAGCUUUACAAAGGAGAGUGGUUGUGGUUUUGCCAGCCCACCUUAGGCAAUGCCGACUUCAUCACAACCCAUCCUGACUACGACAGCACCAGACCUAUCCCUCCUCACCUGUGCCCAUUCAACAGCCAAUAUGGCGACGGCUCGGACAUCGAACCGGAAGUACUUCAACACAUACGGGAUGUGACGUGGCAGGCCGCAGUCGGGUUCCAGAUGAAGAGACGAGACGUGUUGGUUCUGAACAACAUGUACAUCCAACAUGGCCGCCUGGGUUACACGGGCGACAGGAAACUACUCGUGUAUCUGGCUGAGUCAAGUGUCUGAACUUGGACAUGAUCUGACAUCAAGUGUCAGAGUCAUCUUUUUGCAACUAUAUUCACCAAUUUCACACUUCCCAUAAUGCCAAGUAACGGUCACGGAUAUGCAGAGAUAUGACGUAAGA